AUGAGUGAUCAACAACCCCCUGUUCAACCCCAGCAUUCCCUAGAGGAUGCGAACGAAGGCCCUCCUGUGAAACGGACUUGCAUGAAUGAUACGCCACCCAUUGCACUAACACCUGCGGACGAUGGAAGUGAUUUCUAUAACACGCCGUGGGUUGCGCGCACGCCUGCAGAACCUAGCGAGCACUCGGGAGCCGCUAUUCAGGGUCAAACCAACGAACCAGCCACGACAUCUCAUCCUUCGACACUAAUCCCCGGGUUAAACCUUGUCAAUGAUAGCCUCAAAGACCUGCAGCCGGCGCAGAGCGAUCCAAGCCCGUCGCCUAACCCCACCGCCCAGGAAGGUGCGCAUACGGAUACACAAACUGGUAUGGAUAUCGAAGAAACGGAGCCUAAGAGACAAGAACCUACUGUGGAGAGCACCGGAAAGAUCGAGGGGGAACCAAAUUCAGAACCACGUAACCAGGCCGAAGCUGCAACUCAGGGCCAGGCGGACAACAACAAUACCAAUGGGGACGCAAGCGGGACAGGAACUGUGCCUCCCCCAGACGCUAUGGCACAUGAUCAAGCCGAACAGGACGAGGAGGACGAGGAGCAUCCCGAAUGGGAGAUUGAUUCUUCUCCCUACGAGUCAUCUUCUGAUGAUUCUUCUAGCGAUUCCUCAGAUGACAGCGACGAGGACGACGAAGACUACCCAAUUCUUAGCCCCGAAGAGCAAGCGCGGAUUUUGAUGCAGGCAGAACUCGGUUCCGACGAUGAAGGAGAGGGGAAGGGCAAAUCGGGUGGUCAUAUCAGAACGGCAAAUGAACUUCCAGAAGAAGUGCCCCCGAUCCCGGAUGUCACUGUGACUCCCGAAAUGAAGAUCGUGUUACUAGGACAUGUGGAGGCAAUUAUCGAGAACACGGUCCUGAUCUCGGCGAACACUUCUGGAGAGUACCAGGUGCUGGAAUCGGGGUCAUUACUCUGCCUUGAAGACAGGAGUAUCACUGGUGUGGUUGCUGAGACAUUGGGAAGAGUCGAGGAACCCUUGUAUACUAUCCGGUUCCCUACUGCCGCGGCUGUCGAGGAAUGUGGUCUUUCUAAAGGAAAAAACGUUUACUACGUUGAGCAACAUUCUACGUUUGUGUUUACUCAGCCUCUCAAGGGAAUGAAAGGUAGUGAUGCAUCAAAUUUCCACGAUGAGGAAAUUGGUGAGGAUGAAGUGGAGUUUUCCGACGAUGAAGCAGAAGCCGAGUACAAGCGGAAGUUGAAGCAGAAGCGGCAGGAAAGAAAGGAAGCCAGGGAUGGCCCAGCAAAGGCUAAGAAGGGGCCCCCAGGACCUUCGAAGCUCAGCCAGACUGAACUAAACUACGACGAUAACGCAGGUGAAGAUGGAUAUACUCCUCUUGCUCGCCCGAAGAACCUCCAUGAGAUGAUGAGUCGGCAGGAGGCACCUGUCGAGAACGAUGGAUCCUCUGGUAGAGGUGGCUUCCGUGGUGGUAGGGGUCGUGGCCGGGGUUUUGAUCGCGGCCGAGGUGGUCGUGGCCGUGGAGGCGGACCGAGAGAGACUCAGCAUUAUGACCGCCAGCCAUAUCAACAGCAAGGAUCGGACGCACAACCUCAACCUUCCAACUACAGUCAACAAGUGUACCAGCAAACCCAACCUAAUGCUUAUGGAAUGCCACAACCCUACCCUGCGUACCCAUCUUUCACGCAGCAGCAACAGCCUCAGCCUCAGCAACAGCCUCAACAUCAACCACAGCAACAGUUCGGUCAAGGUGCUGUACCCCCGGGCUUUAAUGUCCAGAUGCCAUUCCAGCAGGCUUAUCCCCAACAAAACCCUUACCAGUUUCCACCCAACACGCAAAUCGACCCAAUGUUCUUGGCCGCUUUGCAAUACUCGCAUCAGGCGCAGCAACUGUUGCAGCAGAAUCGCCAACAGCAAGCCCCUGGGCAACAACCGGCGCAAGCUGCAACCAUGAAUUUUGAUCAGGUCAAGGCGCAAUUAGACCUGUUGCGUCAGUUGAGCAAUAACAACAAUCAAGGACCACCUCGCUCAUGA